AUGAGGAGUGUGUCUGUGACAUCACCCUCUCCCUGCAUGAUGGCAUGCUCACGGACUUGCUCCCGCAUUCUGGGACUGAGCCUUGGAACUACAGCUCUGUUUGCUGCUGGGGCCAACAUGGUGCUCCUCUUUCCUAACUGGGAUGUGACCUACCUGUUGAGAGGCCUCAUUGGCAGGCAUGCCAUGCUGGGCUCUGGGCUCUGGGGAGGAGGCCUCAUGGUAUUCACUGCAGCUACCCUCAUCUCCUUGAUGGGUUGGAGAUAUGGCUGCUUCAGUAAGAGUGGGCCCUGCAGAAGCAUGCUCACUGCUCUGUUGUCAAGUGGCCUGGCUUUGCUUGGAGCCUUGAUUUGCUUUAUCACUUCUGGAGUAGCCCUGAAAGAUGGUCCUUUCUGCAUGUUUGAUGUCUCAUCCUUCAAUCAGACGCAAGCUUGGAAAUAUGGUUACCCAUUCAAAGACCUGCAUACCAGGAAUUAUUUGUAUGACCGUUCACUCUGGAACUCUGUCUGCCUGGAGCCUUCUAAAGCUGUCGAUUGGCACGUGUCCUUCUUCUCCUCCCUUCUGUGCAUCAGCCUCCUCCAGAUUCUCCUGGUGGUCAUUCAUUUCAUCAACAGCUUCCUGGGCCUUUUCUGCAGCCUCUGUGAGAAGUGAUAGGUAACGCCCUUUCAUGCAUGAGUGUUUUCAUCAUAAGCUGCCUUGAAUUCUUUCUGCAAGUAGUGGGUAUGAAUUAUAAACAAACUUCCCUUUUAGGUAUUUCUGUAGUAAUAAUAACAACAAUAAUUCCUUGCACGUAUGUUGAAUAAUAUAAUGCAUUUUAAAACACAUUGUAAACUGCAAGAUGAUAUGUUAGUAGAAGGAAUAAUUAAGUCAUUAUUAUUGUGUAGGAACUUAUAUAGUCCAUAACAUGUUCUCCAGCCAUGAUCUCAUUUCAGCCUCUCAACAACCCCAUAAAAUUGGCCACAUGUUACAGAUAGAGAAAUUGAGGCUCCUAGAGGAUAAUGGACUUGCUGCCCAAAAGCACUCAACUAGGUUCAGGUAAAGUCAGUACCUGAGCCCCUAUCUUCUAAAUUCAAGUUCACUGGUUAUUAUGGACUGAAUUGUGUGCCCCAAAAUUCAUAGGUUGAAGCCCUAACCCCCAAUGUGACUUUAUUUGGGGAUAGGACCUUUCAGGAGCUAAUUAAGAUUAAAUGAGAUCAUAAAGAUGGAACCCUAAUCCAGUAGGACUGGCAUCCUUAUAAGAAGAUGAGAUACCAGAUCUCUCUCUCCACUCAAACGUAGAAGAAAAGGCCAUGUGAGGACACAGCGAGAUGCUAGCCAUCUGCAAGCCAAGGAGUGAGGCCUCAGUAGAAACCAACUUUGUUGGCACCUUGAUCUUGGACUUCCAGCC